AUGAAAUUGAUAGUCUCAUUUCUCUUCGGCUCAGGCUUCUGGGUCCAAAUUCUCAAAGCACAGGUCUUCGAAAAUGGCAGGUUUUCCGUGGAGUACUCCGGCAUCAGCGAAACCUGCAAACACGCUCUCAACACGACUGUGAAAUGUCCUUCUUUUCUGGGAGAUGUUUCAGAGGACAAUCCUCGUUUAACUUCUGAGCAGUUGACUGAGCUGUGUACUUCGGGUUGUCAAACCUCGCUUACGGAUGUGAGGAAGACGAUUGCAAGUGGAUGCGAUAAUACGGAUGUUAUUACUUUUGAGGGGGCGGACUGGCCUGCAACACUUAUCAUUGACCGCUUCUUGUAUACAUACCGUUUAUCAUGUCGAAAGGAUUCCUCUACUGGCCGCUUCUGCGACGAAAUCUUCACUUCAUGGCUCAACCAAUCUUACCUAACAGCACCCCAAAACUGCUCCGACUGCAUGCUAGGCAUGAUGCAAAACCAACUCAACUCCCCCUUUGGCUACGACGACGAAUUCGCAAGCGAGUUUAACUCAACCACAAAGAGCUGUACGGCAACAGGAUACGCGUUCACAUCGCCUGCGCCAUACGCACUAAAUUCAUCUUCUACUGCUCCUUCUGAUCCCAAUCCUACUCCGCUUUGUGCGAACCCGUAUCGUGUGCAGAAGAAUGAUACUUGUGAAUCGAUUGCGUUGGCGCAUAAUGUAUCCACUAAUGCACUUAUUAGUGCUGGGGGUUUGAGUCCGGGUUGUGAGAACCUGCAGGUUGUGGGAUCGAUUUGCUUACCGGCGAAGUGUGAUUUGUAUCGAGUGGAGUAUGACGAGAGCUGUGAGGAUAUUAUCCAGAAACAUCCUGGGUUGAGUGCGAUGAAUUUGCUCAAUUGGAAUCCUAACAUCUACAUGGUUUGUGGAAAUAUUCAAGCUCUUGUUGAUACGUUAAUUUGUGUUGGACCCCCCGGCGGCCGCCUCCCCCAAAACACAACAACAACAUCCACCCAACAACCGACAACCAGAGAUCCCACUAGUAUCCCCAAACCUACAAACGCACCCCCGGAAACCAACCCCCGGUGCGCAAAAUGGUACGUGAUCAAAGAAGGCGACUACUGUGACAAAAUCUCCAUCCGCAACGGCAUCUCCCUAAAGGACUUUUUCUUCCUGAACCCGGAGGUGAACUCUACAUGCGGAAACCUCAUGCUUGAUAUCGCGUACUGCGUGCAGGCUGUCGGCGAUAUCUCGACGUAUAAGGGGUAUCCGACUACUAAGCCGGUGUACACUUUGCCGCCGAUUUCGUAUUCGACGACUACGGAUGUGCUGCCGUCUGCGCCUGUGCCGCUCAUUACACCGGUCACAUCCCUCCCGCAUGCAUCGGGUACGAAAGCAGAUUGUAAGGAAUAUGUGGAGUACUAUCCCGUCCCGAGUCUGGAAGAGCGAGCUGCCGCGCAGAAAGCAUUUGGGGUUACGGAGAGUAUCAACAGUUGUGACUUUGUGUUGGCGAGCUAUGAGGUGGAUAUAAAGGAUUUCCUGGCGUGGAAUCCGAGUUUGAGAGAUGUGGAGCCUUGUAUGUUGCAGAAGGGGUUUAGUUAUUGUGCGGCGAAUGUGACAGUUGGGAAUACGACUAGUAGUUCAGGGAGCGGGAGCUCUGCGUUGCCUACCUUAAUGCGGUUGGUUUAUCAUUGA